ACUACAGGCUUGUCUGGACAAUUUCCAAAAAUGCUGCUGCCCUGCCAAUAUAAAUAGCGGUGAAGAGGCAGUCAGAGCACCAUCCCUCCUGACAGAGAGCUGUAGCGUGCCACAGGACAUCAUCACAUUCACCAUGGUGUCUACAUCCUGUUUACUUCCAGCUGUUCUGGUGCUGCUGUUGUCACUGGUUGACAGCGAUGCCUCACCGGCCAAGACCUUCGAGCUCCAGGACCCAGUCACCGGGAAUCCGGUCAUUUGUGACCGCUGCCCUCCGGGGACAUACCUGCGCGAUCGCUGCUCAUCGACGCACAAGAGCCAGUGCGCACCGUGUCCUCCCGGUUCCUUCACCGAGCUCUGGAACCACAUCGGCAAAUGCCUGAGAUGUGGAGUUUGUGGGUACAACAUGAUCGAGAAGACGGCGUGCACGGCCGACAGCGACUGCCAGUGCGAGUGCAAACCCGGCUACUACUUCAAAGAGGAGUACGACAUGUGCGUUCGCCACAGCGAGUGUCCGGCCGGGCAGGGAGUGGCGAGCCAAGGUACAGCUAAUAAGGACACAGUGUGCCACAUCUGCUCCAACAACACCUACUCUGACGUUUCCUCAGCUCACAACAACUGCACCGAGCACCAGAUGUGCAGCGAUGUAGAGCUGCUGAAGGGCUCCAUAUGGCACAAUAGCAUCUGUGCAAACUGCGGUGUGCUCAAAGACGGAGGUGAGUACCUCAAAGAAAUCCUCCCGGCUUUCUUCGUCCAGCAUAAAAUGAACAUCAAACGUCUGCGUCGGAUCGUGCACAGGCUCCCGUUGGAGGACGGCAAAAAGCAGGCGGGAACCUCAGAAUUUAAUCUCUUACAGCUUCGUUAUCGCAUCAACACUUGGGUCGCCUCCGCCACACCGGAGCAGAUUCGGGAGCUUCCAGGGAUACUGGAUAAAACGGGAGCAAGCAGCGCUGGUGAGAGACUACAGAACAAGCUGCAGCGCAUUGACACAAACGUCAAAGAGCAGUGCACUCUGGGAAAUGAGGUGCUUGCAGUUUUAUAGUUGUCCUGUCCUAGGCUAGCAAAUACCUUACUAUAUGCACAAGAGAGUUUCAUUCCUCUAAUAGUAGCAUCUGAAGAAUUCCAAAUAUAUAAAUAUACUGCACUAUUCAACAUGCACUGUCCAUUGCAUAGCUAAAAGAGAAUACCAGUAAUUGAGAGGCAAAGUGAAUUAUCUUUCAUCUCUGUCUGUUUAACAAUUUCUCUUUUGUAAGACAAUUCGUUUUUUCUUGUUUUUCCAAAAAAAGGACAAAACAAUUAAAAAAAAAAAAGGAUUUUGUCACCAAGCUUGAAAUUACUUGCUGCCCUGUGUAACCAAAUUCAGUAAGAGAUGAAUAAAUGUCAUUGUAGAUAAUGCAAGACAAGGUGGUUUAGAGGACACUUCAAUUCAGGUCAGGUGAUUGACAAGGAAUUGUUGUAUACCACUACAAAAAGUACAUUUCUCACAGACUCACGAAGAAAAUGGUAUUUGGUAUAUAAUUGUACCGUUUCAUGUAUAACUUUGCUGCAAAAACACAAAGCUGCACUUGGUUUCAUAUAGCUCAACUCAACUCAAAUUCUUGUGUUCUCCUUCUGGGAGUGAAAGCCCCAAGAGAACCUGCAGAAUGAUCACUUAAAAUCAAAUGAAUUAUAAAAUACCGGUAUUUUCCUUUAAAAAAAACCAAAGUGUUGACCUACAGUAGAUCUACCUCCUGUUACACCUGCAGUUCAACCAUCACGGUUUUGCUAAUUCUACAGAUUUUGUAAGUUUCAUUUGUGUGUCAGAUUCUAAUUUAUUCCUAUUUAUAAACCUAAGGGCAUCUUUUGCCCUCAGAAGAGAUGGUGAUGGGGCUGUUUGGUUUGCAUUAUUUUUAUACAGAUAGAAACUAUAGAGUUGUAUGCAUGUGAUGUUUGAUAUCUGGCUGCUUUGAAUGAUGCUCAAAUAAAAAAAUAUAUGUAACAGAUAUAA